GUGAUAGCAAAAUAAAUGCAAGCACCCCCCUCUCGUACGAACGCAUUUAACCAGUUUGCACAGGAGUACGAUAUAGCAGUAUAAGCAAAGGGUUGGUUGUCACAUCUACAAUUAAAAAAGGGUUAAAAAAAAACUCAACCGAUUUGCAGAGAAAGUACGUAAAAAUAUUUUGGGCCUCUCACCCCCCAAUACAUACUGCUGCAGUAGGAAAAGGAAUAGAGAAAAAAAGGCGCCCAUUCAUGAAGUACCCAAUACAAUGAAAUUUUUCAGUAUAGAAAAUUAAUAACCCGCAGCUGAGAAAAAUACCAAAUUACGCAUGACAAAAUAAAGGACCCUUUGGCUCAGGGCAUAUGCAUAUGUAUAUAUAUACAUACAUAUAUAUAUACAUACAUACAUGCGUACUCUUACCUACAACGUGCAAGUAAAUCGUUUUUCCAUCAUCCCAUGUACCUUUCACGAGGCAGCAUUUUCAAAAUAAGCCUAUUGUGUAAUACAGUAACAAUAUAAUGAUUUACAAAAUUUAUAACAACUACUCCCGGAAGCUUUACGAACACAGAGAUAAAUUCAUGAAAUAUUUUGCUUCUAAAAAUGAACCUGUAAACAUUUAUCAUGAUAAAUUUCAGAAGAGUGUAUAUUUCGUGUAUGGAAAUGCAAACUACAACAAUUUCAAUGAAUACCCAAUAGUUCUGAACCAAGAAAGGCAAAGGCACAAUGGGAGGAGUCAUGCGAAAGCCAAAACUAUUUUAUUCGCAAAUAUAUUGGGCCUAAGUGUGGCUUCAAAGAAAGAUGAAAAUUUAGAAAAUAAAGACAUAAGUAUUAAAAAAAAUGAAUUUAGUUUAAUAAAUAAUAAAGGCAGAAUGUCUACAAAUUCGAAGGACACUCACAAUUUGGAAGCAGACUCUAUGCACCCAGGAAGGAAUAAGAAAAAAUCAAAAGAUGAUAAAUAUGAAUAUUACCAAGAAUUAAGUGAAUAUAGUAACAUGCAAAUAUUCUCUAGCAAUAGCCACCAUGAAUUGGCCAAUGAAAUAUGUUCCAACUUAGGGAUAGGCUUAGGCAGAGCUUAUGUCGGAAAAUAUAGUGAUGGAGAAAUAGCCCUCCAAAUAAUGGAUGAAGUUAGAGGUAGAGAUAUUUAUAUAAUUCAUUCUACCCCAGCGGGUGGUAAAGAUAUUCACUCCCGUUUAAUGGAAUUGUUUUUAUUCGUUUCUGCAUUAAGGAGAUCUUCUGCAAAAAAGGUUACCGCCGUUAUACCGUACCUAAAUUACUCCAGACAAACUAAGCAAUUGGAUGAUUUCAAUUAUGUCCAUUCUCUGGGAGCACCUGAAAUAGCUAUACUAUUGCAAGCAUGUGGUGUUGAUGCAAUUAUUUCAGUUGAUUUACAUAAUCCACGAAUUGAGGGGUUUUCCACGGACGAAAAACUUUUCCAACCCCAUCUUAUGAAUAUUAAUCCCCAAUCCUUAGCUGUGGAAUAUUUUAAAAAAAAAAAACUUCAAAACCCAGUUAUUGUUUCGAUUGACAAUGAUGGAGCAGAAAGGACAAAGGAAUUCUGGAUUCGAAUGAAAAAGCAUUCUCUUAAUGCCGGGUUUACAACGAUUGUUUCCAGCUCAUAUAACGAAAUGAACAGUAGGGAGGGGCAUCCAAAUGAUGAUGGAAGUGAAAGCAAAACCACGUCUAGUAAUAAAUAUUUGAAUCUGUUUAGUCAAGAUAGAAGAAAAAAUAGCAAUACCACACCCCCCGUGAAGAAUGUAGAAAAUAAAAAUAUAAAUCAGAUAACUCCAAAUUUUGAAAAGGAGAAAUUUACCAUAGUUGGAGAUAUCAAAGGGUGUGACUGCAUUUUAGUGGAUGAUAUUCUGGACACUGGCGAAAAAUCUAAAAAAGUUGCAGCUCUUUUGAAAAGUGCUGGAGCUAGCAAAAUAUAUCUUUAUGCUACUCAUGCUAUCUUAUCAGACGGAUGCAUUGAAAAGAUUAACGAAUCCUGUAUAGAUGAAGUUGUAACAACGAACACUAUACAUAUUCCAAGCAAUAUAUGUUGUGAAAAACUGCACAUUUUGUCAGUUGCCAAAUUAGUGGCUGAAGGAAUAAAAAGAGUUCAGAACGAACCAUCACAAAAUGCACUGGAAGAUUUCUCAGAUGGAGAAGUAGUAUUGAAGGAAAAAUAACCUUUUCUAUUUUUUUGAAAAAGGUUAUAUUAUCCUAAUUAUGGCUUGUGAAUGCCAGAAAAGGUUAACAUGUAAUGCACAACACCUACCUUUUUUUUUUUUUUCUUGUCAAAUUAUAAGUAUUUUUUACAAAAAGAUAUACACAUUCGUUUUACCCUGUUGUAAUAUACAAUACUAACAUGUCUAUAGUUAAAAGAGCAUUUAAAAGGUUACAUCCAACGUCAAAGCAAUACAUUUCUUUAUUUUGCUUGUAUAUGUUCCUUUUUAUUCUGGCUUGCGCUUAUUUAUUUGUUGCUCUCCUUACACAUAUAUUUACAUGUUUAUUCGUUUACCUUUACAUUUGUCGUAUUAAUGAAUAAAAUGAUAUGUCUAAUUACUCAUAUGAUAAAAUAGAAUUUUUGCUUUCAAUAUGAAA